UGAACAAAAUAUAGAAAAAGGGCCUCAAGUCUUUGCUCAAGGUUUCGCUCAACGUUGCAAUGUUGCAGACCUCUCGAGGGCUAGCAAUAUACCAGGGUUCUGUCCUCCCUCGACCAGCCUGCGAAGUCCACAAGGCAAGCGAACUGAGACGCCAAGAUUCUUAGACCAUCUAACAUGCCUUGGGCAUGUGCCUUCCCUUGGACUCUUGUAUGGAUUGGGAUCUGUCUCAUUCCUUCGUCACCUGUUCUUGUGGAAGCGAGUGGCGAUCAGGAGAUUUCAGUCCUAGAAGGUCUUGCUGAAGAACUCUUAACCCCUUAUGCAGAACAUUUCCAGGAUGAUACACUGCUUCAAAUCAAUGCCUCCCAUUUACUUCCCACCAAUCAGAAACUUUACUCUUCGUCCCAUGGAGAGAUACUAGACACGCUCAUACUACUCCUCGACAACAAGGCCUCAAAACGACAGGUUGACAGCUCUAUUCCUGUUGGAAGCCUCCCUUGUCCUUUCUGCCCUAAAUGCUACCCAGGUCAGGCCUGUCCUGUUGGCUGCCCACCAACCCCGUGUCCAACAUGCUACCCAGGGAGUAUGUGUCCUAUUGGGUGUCCAGCCACUCCAUGUCCUCCUUGUUAUCCUGGAACUACCUGCCCAAGGGGUUGUCCUCUUACACCUUGUCCUGAAUGUUAUCCAGGUGUUCCAUGUCCCAUUGGCUGUCCUAUCACAGUAUGUCCACCAUGCUAUCCUGGGAGUCCUUGUCCUCCAGGAUGCCCUCAGACAGCUUGUCCUCCAUGUUACCCAGGUGAGAAAUGCCCUCUGGGUUGUCCAGCUACACCCUGUCCACAAUGCUUUCCUAGCACUCCGUGCCCUGCAGGCUGUCCAUUAUCUGACUGUCCUACCUGCUACCCAGGAUCUCCUUGUCCUCCUGGCUGUCCAAUCACACAAUGUCCCUUGUGCUACCCAGGAGUGCCCUGUCCUGCUGGAUGUCCUGUCCUCACUUGCCCUGAAUGUUAUCCUGGAUCUCCAUGUCCUGCAACAUGUCCACCAACUCCCUGUCCACCAUGUUAUCCUGGAGAGAAAUGCCCAAGAGGCUGCCCAAGUACCCCAUGCCCUAAUUGUAUCCGUGGUCAGCCCUGUCCCCCCGGUUGUCCCCCUGGCCCCUGUCCACCGUGCUAUCCUGGAAUAGCUUGUCCUGUAGACUGUCCUGUGACCCCCUGUCCUACCUGUUACCCAGGGGAUAUGUGUCCUAUUGGAUGCCCUCCGACACCAUGUCCAAUCUGCUAUGGUGACACAAAAUGUCCUGCAGGAUGCCCAACUUACCCCUGUCCUGAUUGCUAUCCUGGCAAUGCCUGUCCUUCUGGCUGCCCUCCCACUCCCUGCCCAGUUUGCUUUGCAGCUGGCCCUUGUCCACCAGGUUGUCCAAGAAGUCCAUGUCCUGACUGCUACCCCGGAUAUUCUUGUCCUCCAGGCUGCCCUCUGACACCGUGUCCUACCUGUUACCCUGGGGACAAGUGCCCAGGCCAAUGCCCCAUCAUUCCUUGUCCUGAUUGCUACCCAGGACAGAGCUGUCCGGAAAAGUGCCCUGCAACCCCAUGUCCUGACUGCUACCCGGGUGAUGUAUGUCCUCUAGGGUGUCCCUAUACACCAUGUCCUGCUUGUUACCCAGGGCAGAGUUGCCCAGUAGGAUGCCCCCCAACGCCCUGUCCUUCCUGCUUCCCAAAUACCCCUUGCCCUGUAGGCUGCCCCAUCACCCCAUGUCCAGAAUGCUACCCAGGAGAGAGAUGCCCUCCUGGCUGUCCAGAAACACCCUGUCCUACCUGCUAUCCCGGUGACCCUUGCCCAUGGGGAUGCCCAGUCACUGAGUGUCCUGAAUGUUACCCAGGUCAGGAAUGCCCGCUGAACUGUCCUGUACUGCCAUGUCCUACCUGCUACCCAGGAGAACCAUGUCCAGGCAACUGUCCUCCAACAGAGUGUCCACCUUGCUAUCCAGGCUUCAGGUGUCCUUCAGGAUGUCCUGAAACCCCUUGUCCUUCUUGCUAUCCAGGCCAGCCAUGUCCCCUAGGAUGUCCUCCCACACCUUGCUCAAUCUGCUUGCCUGGCAAGCCAUGCCCCCCUGGGUGUCCUGUGUCCCCAUGCCCCCCAUGUUUUCCAGGUGAAAAGUGCCCUGAAGAAUGUCCAGUGACUCCCUGUCCUGAUUGUUACCCUGGAGUUCCAUGUCCUAUUACUUGUCCUCCUACGCCAUGUCCAGAAUGCUUCCCUGGAAAUCCAUGCCCCCCAGGCUGUCCCCCAACCCCAUGCCCACUUUGUUUAGCAGGUGACCCCUGCCCUCCUGGAUGCCCUGUCACUUCCUGCAACUGUCCUUCCGGCCCACCUGGACCACCAGGCAGCAUAGGAACCAAGAUUCCAGGACCUCCUGGGUCCAGAGGUCCCCCGGGUGUUGGGCCUCCAGGAAUCCGUGGCCCUCCUGGGACUCCCGGAACCUGUUCAGGUUACCGACCUGGAUUCCCUUGCGUGAGCUGUUGCCCCUCGAGUGAUGAUCUUCAAGCAAUGGCCAACACAACCUGCUGCAGACGUCCAUCAUGCAGUUACAAUGCAACGGAAUUAAUGGAUAAACUGAAUAAUCUGGAGAGGAAGCUGACGAGACUUCAGUAUAUCCAAGCUGAAGUAAAGACACAAAGCAAGAAAAUGAAAGAAAUUAAAGACAGAAUAACAGCCACCGACUUCCGCGGCGACAAAGGCUACAAGGGCGUGAGCGGCGCCCACGGGCACAAGGGCGUACAGGGCGCCCCGGGUCGUCCUGGCGACUGCGAGGAGGUCACCAACGACCCCACCAAGGGCCCAAUCGGUCCCCCGGGCCACAAGGGGGGCAAGGGAGAUCCUGGCACCAAAGGGCCGUGCAAUUGCCGAGGCGACCGGGGCGAGCUCGGCCUUCCCGGCGAGUCCGUGAAGGGCAUGGCAGGCCCCCAAGGCUUCAAGGGCGACAAGGGCGAGCGAGGGCCUUCGUCAGCAUUCGAUUUCACCUCCAAGUCUUUGCUGAGGAAAAUGGAGGAAGAAGGGGAAGCGUGAGGAGGAGAGGGAAGAGAGGGAGUGGCAGAAGGAACCGGAGGAGAGGGAGAAGCAGAAGGCUUAAGAGGAGGAGAGGGAGGAGAAGGAGAAGUAGGAGAAGGAGGAGAUGGAAUGGGAGGAGAAGGAGGAGAAAGAGUAGAAAAGGGAGAAGGGAGGAGGAGCAGGAAGAGAAAGAGGCGAGAUUAUGUCAGUAGGAUUCAAGAUGGGUUCUGAGAAAAUCAUCAAAAAUGAUAGAAAAUCCCCAGGUCUUCUGACAAGUAAUUUAGCGAAAAUAAUUAAUAAUUGAUCAAUUAUUUCAUGCUUCUCCUUCUCUCUACAAAAGAUGGUCGUCACGCAGAAUCAGUGGCAGAAUGGCAGUGAUAUUAUGAUUAUUAGGAAUAUAAUUUUAAUGAAAUGAAUAAAUGAACUUUCCCCGAA